GGCACUCACUAGCUUAGCUCAGGCGUAUAUUUGCGCUGUGCUCUACAGUUACGAUCUGUCGCUCGCCCGCUGUGAGGCUCAGGUUUGCUUGUCGAGCCGCGCGGCGAGAAUUGGCAAAUUGAAGCUAGCGCGCGGGCCGCGAGCUGAAGUUGCAGACGCCGCCGGGGUGCUGGGUGCUGGUGGAAUAAGGAUAUGGUGGGCUGCCACGAGCAGGAGGCUCCGAGCGAAACCACAGCGUCCUCGUCGUCGUUCGAGCGAGAGCUGGUGACGGGGUCUUCUUGUGUCAUAGAUGCGGAUGCCAAUUACUCAGAAAUGGCAGUGAGUGAUACUGCAGCAGGCUUAACCGCUCCCACGGCUCGGCAGCGUGUUAGUGACGAGGGCAAGAAGCCAGGGCCGUCGUCGCAGCACCGGCCAUCUCCAGAUCGUAACUACUCGCAAGCAGUCUCGGAGAAUUUGCAAGCAGUUACCUCGAGUUCGAGUGAGCAUCGUGGCAUCAGCCGGAUAGUUCAGCAGCAGCAGCCCGGGCAGCCAUUCCAUCGCCGCCAUACAACUGGUGCCACUUCUCCAGCCAUGGGUACUGCUGAGGCUGCUGCUGUUGCUGCUGCUGCUUCUUCUUCUUCAGCUGAAGAAGCAGCUUUGGACGUAGAUUGUGUUGAAGGUCAUGAUGAAGGACUUCAUUCCGGUAGAGAGAUUCCAAGAUGUGGGCUUGACAAUCUUGAUUCGAGUCCAGAUUGUGGUCGUCACGACGCCUCCCAGGGAAAUUCGCGCCACACUUGCAAAGUGUGCAAGCGCCCGUUCUCAUCCGGGCGAGCUUUGGGAGGCCACAUGCGUGCUCACGGCAACGGGGACCCCGGCACUUCAUCGAACGCCGAUAGGAAAUCCGAGAAGCAGCUGAUUUCCUCGUCCCCGCGCACCCAGCAGGCCUCGCUGCAUGCGUGCAAUGGUGUUGCUGAGAACGGCAUCGAGCAUCCAGGGGCGGACGGGGUCGCCAGGGCGCAGAGUUUGUCGCCCGAGUCCAGAGCUCGAGCCCGGACUCGCGAAAUUCAAGUCCGCAGAGCUGUGGGAGCACGCAGGUCAAAGACCAAUGGCAAGCGGCGGGGCAGCACCACGCCCAAGAGCUCGGUCGAGGAUGCAGCUGCUCUGACCAAGCAGCAGCCGCACGACGAAGACGAUAAUGCGGCAUCGCGCAGGCAGGCCGAACGCAGCAGCACCAGCUGCUCGGAUAACAACUCCGAUGGAGCUCACGAUGAUGGCGCGGCGACGGACGAUGCUGCCGGGAACAUUUGUGACGUAUGCAGAGAGGAAUUUGAGAAUGAGAAGCAACUCAAUACCCACAAGAAAUCUCACAAGCCCGAGUACAACCUCCGGGAAUGUCCGAGAAAAAGCCGGCGUUUCAUAGAUCAGGACUACACCGAGGUGGCUCCCCCCACCAUUCCUACCAAGAAGCCCCCAGCUCCCCAAGAGAAACAGCAAUCGGAUUCCGGAUGCCCUUAUCCGGGUUGCACCAAAAAGUUCCACUCGUCCAAGGCCUUGUUCGGACACAUGCGGUGCCACCCGGACCGCACCUGGCGAGGAAUUCACCCUCCGGACGAGAAUGGAGCUAGCACGAGCGCAGCGGGCGAGCGGCAGCACCGCCGGAAGAAGUCGCGCCCCAAUUCGCACGUCCCUGCUCGGGUGGUGUCCGAUUCAGAGUCGGAGCCAGAACAGAAACAGAGUGGCAAGUCGGCCUCCACUGAGCACGAGAGCGACACGGACAGCAUCGAGGCCGCCUACAUCCAGGGCCAGGAGGCGCACACGAAUGGCGACCGCCAGCAAUCUUCCACUCCCGGCUGGUGGGCGUCGGGUGUCACUGGCAAGCGAUCCAAGCGCUCGCGCCAGACCGUGCGCUCUUUGCAGGCUGUGCAUCAUGGCGCCUCGACCAGCAGUGCUGCAGCUCCCGACAAUGCCCUGGAGGAGCUGAACGAGACUGCCAUGGUCAUGAUGAUGUUGGCGUCCAAUCCCAGCGGAGCGCCCAAACAUGAAGACCCGGACGAGCAUAUGGAAGACCUGUUCCGUAAUCCCAAUUCCGCUGACGAAUGCCCCAAGGACGAGCCCACGGAGGGCUGCUUAGAAGCAGCCCUCCGUGCCAAAGAUGAAGAGGAGGACGAGGAGGACGAGGAGGAGGACAAAGAAGAGGAAGGAGAGGACGGAGAUGAGAAACAGGGAGCAGCAGCAGCAACUGCCGCCGAGGUCGUCGAGGAUUUGGAGCAGGGACCCGAGCUGGUUCCCAAGGAUGAGUUCAUGACAGCUGCUGCCGAGACAGCAGAGGUGCCCAUGGAAGUGGAUGAGGAGCCUGAGGCCAGCCUUUCGGAGGAUGGUGUGCUGCAAGGGGAGGAGGCUGUUCAGCUGGAGGCUGGUCAGCAGGAAGCUAGCUCUUCCAAACAUGGCCAAGCCCUAGGGGGCCACAAGCGAUGCCAUUUCGACCCGACCAAGAAGGAUGCUGAGAAGGAAGGUUCCAGCAGUAACAACGGGGGUAAGAAUCCUAGAUCGAGCAACCCUGCAGGCAGAGCGAGCUACUCGCAGAGCCGCGGGAGACACGAGUCAUCCGACGCGCGCGGCCAUUCUCCUCGUGCCAAGAGCGACCCCGGACUCCAACAGCAGCAGCAGCAACAAGCAGCAGCGCCUGCGGAGUCAAGGUCGACCGGUUUGUUGAGACCGAUAGAAAUCGAUCUCAACAAACCCCCCACGGUGACAUACGACGAGGAGAUGGAGAUGGCGCCAAGCCCUGCAUCGGCUAAAUUUUCUGUUGAGAAUCAUGAAGCCCAGGCGUCGGCUUCAGCGGAGGCGAGUAGCAGCCCCGACGACGGCGAGCCCAUGCGAAAUCAACCGAGGGAUUAUCAACUCAUAUUGCAUUUGUCUCCGAUUACAUUGAAUUUGGAGGACCAGCUGCAUGCGUACUACAAGCGGGUGACCCCCGCCUAACCGCGCACACGCCUCCAGUCUCUCUCUGUGUGACGGCUCGUGGCCUGCUCGCCUACUGUCUACAGUCAGAUACAUUUGUCGCUCGCGUGGAUGUUUUAUCACCCGCCUAGCUUUUGUGAUCUCUGUCACGGAACCGAAUCAACGCACAUUCUGAGGUUCGUGAGAGGUUCCUUCAAAUUUUAGAUCGAGAUUCUGUAAUUAUAGCUCCUCUCAGUCCAAUGUUUUGUUCGCCUUGAACAUACGGGAGAUCUUCAGUGUAAAUAGUCUGAUUACCCCAAGAUUGGGACCAAUAACACAUCAAAUGCCGGGAUCAAAUGCAUAGGAGGCUGCAUUCAAGCCUAUACGGGAGUUGCAACAUACUCCAUCGGAUCACACUCAACUCCUGGUCAUCAAACGAAGGCGAUUUACGUUUGUGAUCAGAUAUCUUUGUCACAGAGGAAGUCACUACUGUCUAUACGUCAAGCACAGUCUGGGGUAUGGAGCUACCGACAGUAGUCCAGCUCAGCUCAGAUUAGUUCGAAUCGAGUCAGGUCGAGUCCAUUCAGCUCAGUCCAGUUCGGAGAUUAGAAAAUUAGUCAGCAUAGGUAAACAAAAUGCAGUGAUCUUCUAGCUGAUUUAGAAGCACUAUUUUGGUACAAGCAAUGUGAUACCUCACUUGCAGUGCUUCUCAUGUACAGGUUCUUUGUCAAAGUAGCAAUAAAAUCGUUUGUUUUG